AUUAUGUUUGCAGGCAGGCACGGAACUAGUGGUGAAGAGAAAUCCAAGCAAAGGGGCCAUGGGAAUGUGCAGCACUGGCCUCUCUGGGCUGCCACCCCCAGUGGGUUAUUAAGAGACCCCCUCUUUUCUGUGCGUGAUUGGUCCUUGUUUCAGAGACAGACGUUGGACCCCAGGUCCCACUACAACCUGACAGAGGCAGAGAAAUGAUGCUCCUUCCUCCUGCCCCUAGCCGUGCCUGUUUUUCUCCCUCCUCUGGCCUCCUCCUGCCUUUCCUCUCUCCCCUGCUUCUGCACAAGGAUCUCUCCUCCACAAUGAUCUUGUGUCUUCCUCUGAAGCAGCUUUUCUUUAACAUUCCCUUGACUGUCAGACAACCUAACAAAAAGCCUCAAUAAGACCACAGGCAGCAGAUGGCUUAUCAAGAUGUACCUAUCUGCUCGGGGUCCUGGCUGUCACCUCAGUGCUGCUUUGUCAUUACAGAUGGCAAAACAAAGCAGCUGUGCACACACACACACACACACACACACACACAGAAAUGAUCCCUGUUGGGAGCCAUUCUUCCAGCACCUCCACACUUUACCCCCUAGCUCUCAUAGCUACUUUGUCCUUCCCCCCUCUCUGCCUUGAUAACUCAGCCUGGAGAGCGUUUAACUGAUCAAGAGCUGUGAGAUUAGGAGGGGCCCAUCUUUUACCCUACAGGCUGGUUUUCCAGCAGAUGCUCAAGGUCAUAGAGUGCCAGUAACAGAAGGGAGACCCAAGAUCUCAAUCAUUCUCCCUCCUCAUUCUAUAGAGCAGGAAAAUAAGGCCCAGGGCUGUCAGGUUCAUUAACUAGCUAAUAGCUAGUUAAUGAGCAGCAGAGUCUAGACUCCGGGUCUCCUGAUGCCUAGGCUUGGGCUCUUUCUUCCCUUCUAGCCCUGAUUCAGCUGACAAGAAUGUACUGGGGUGUGGGAGAGGCAGAGUCCAUUUUCUGAUACAGCUCAUAGUAUAUGAAAGAAGAUAAGCCAUCCCACAGAAAGCUGCUGUACAUUUUCUGUGAUAUGAACCGCAAGGGUGCCCCAAAGAAAGGCCAUAGAUUGGAGAAGGUCAAGUCUGUGGACCGUACAGGGAAACUUGGUAAAGGUGGUGACUUUCUGGCUGAGCUUUUAAGAAGGGGGAGGCUACCCAUGGGGACGGAGGGUGUUUCAGACUCAGGGAAGAAGCUGGGAGAGCCAAGAUCUGUUUAGAGGUAAGUGGGUGCAGUUAGCCUGAAGGAUAGGAUGCACUUGACCUCUGUGUAGGUGAAUUCCCAGGUAGAAGAUGCCCUCUUUCCUCCUGGAACAGUGGUCUGAGCCUCUGCUGCUGUGUUGUGCAGCAGGGCAGACAGAAAAGAUGGUGCAGGAGCAUCUGUCAGAGGCAUCUUGGGGGUUUCUCGACCUGACCCUCACCUCUACCCCAGUCCUGAUGGUGAAUCCCCCAAGGAACACAGGUAAAGUGGAAGAGGGACACCGGGAUACCCCUGACAUAUAUUAUCAAUGUGCCAUGCCACCUGCUUGUCAGGCAGAUUUUAAGAGAUGCAAGGAAGGGUCACUUAGGGGUCUGUGCCCCAGGCUGGGACUCCUCCUCUGGCUUAGUUGCUGGUGUCUUUUGCCUUUGGAUCAGACACUUGCCAUCUCUUGGAAUAUCAAUUUCCUCAACUUCUUUGUCCUGAUUGGUUAGCAACGAGGCCUCUGAGUUCUUGAAUACCAGUCUCUUCCCUUCUGCAAGCCUACCUCAUCUAGAUAAGAACAAGGAGCCUAAAGAAGCCAAGUCAGAUGGGGCGGGGCUGCAUUUACCCCUGGUUCCUCCAGGGCUCACCCCAGGGCACUACAGACAACCUGUCAACCAGCUCCAGUCCCCUUAGCUCCCAGCCUGUCAGCCUUGGCAUUUUACUUCCUUAAAUAGCCCUGGUCUGGGGUCACUGAAGCUCAGUGAUCUAUGUGUGACCAUGACACUAGCUCUGUGUGGCUCAGGGCCCCUUUCUGGAGGACUGCCAGGCAUAUGGGCUGUCCUUUGCACCCCUCCAAUGACCCUCUCUGGAAUAAAUCACCCUUUGACCGAGAAAAGGGUUUAGUUUUUCCUUUUCCACAGGCAGGAUGGAAGAUACUACCCUGCAGAUCUCUGAACGGGAGACAGACCCAGCCUCCUAGGGGCCUCUCUGCCCUCUGGGUCCUGGCCCUCUUUCUCCAAAGGGAAGGGGAGAGACAGGAGAGGGGGGCUGCGGUCGGGGCAGGGAGAGCUUGGAGGACAUUGGGGAAGGAAGAUGGAGGUACAGGGUACAAGGGCUUUCAACAGCUUUCCUCCUUUCGAGUUGGAAGCGGUUAAUCCAUAGGUGCUUUUUUCCACCGAAAUGUGAGCAUUUCAAGGGUGAGCGCUGCCCUCUGGCCGCAAGCGCCUCCGGUGUGUGUGCGCCUGUGCGCGCGGCGCCUGUGUGUGCUACUGUCGCUGUCAUCACAGAUGUACCCCCAGCUGUCACUCCAUUGCUCCGUCUCUUCGCUCGCGCGCACACGCGCGCGCUCCCCUCCUCUCCCUUUCUUCCCCUUUCCUAUCGGUUUCCCUCUGUCCCUCCCUCUUUCCUUCUCAGUUUGCUAUUGACCCAGCAGCCCCGUCCCCCUGGCAGCUGCGGCAGGCAUUCCUUCUCCCCCGUGCUGUGCGCUGCGUGCCAGGUCCCUGCUCCCGGCCGGGCGACUGGAGACUCAGUGCCCCCAGCGCUCCGCUGGGCAGUGCUGUCUGGAUUUCUCCAGGAAUCCCAGGAGGGACUCGCCGGACGGCUAAGAGCUACUUGAUUUAAGGAGCUUGCGGUCAGGGUGAAGAAAGACAGCUGCUGCAUGAACUCCCUGAGCUGAUGAGUCUUAUUAUAGCCCAGCGGGCGGAAGACAGAGCACUGCACCUCACCUCUCAGGCAAAGGUGGAGGGGAAGCAGGAGGCCAUCCGGCAGCAAGAGCGAGGCCCAGGCUGCACACCUGACUCAGCAGCAGACUCUGCCUCCUCGGGGGCCAUGGACUGACAGCACACACCGAGAGGCUCCUCUCUCCCCAGAGGUUCAGGGCCUUGAGAGCUGUGGCAUUCACCAUGCUGGCCCGGGGCAGUGGCCCCGAGCAAAGGACCGGGCUUGCCGUGCUGUGGAGGCAGAUUUACUGGAUCACCUGCUGGAUCACCCUGUAUGCUGUGGAGGCCCUCCCCGCCUGCCCCUUCUCCUGUAAGUGUGACAGCCGCAGCCUGGAGGUGGACUGCAGUGGCUUAGGCCUCACCAUGGUGCCCCCGGACUUGCCGGCUGCCACCCGAACCCUCUUACUCUUGAACAAUAAGCUGAGUGCCCUGCCUAGCUGGGCAUUCGCCAAUCUGUCCAGCCUGCAGCGGCUGGACCUAUCCAACAACUUCCUGGACCAGCUGCCCCGUUCCAUUUUCCGGGACCUGACGAAUCUUACAGAGCUGCAGCUGCGCAAUAACAGCAUCAGGACCCUGGACAGGGACCUGCUGCAGCACUCGCCCCUGCUUCGCCACCUGGACCUGUCCAUCAACGGCCUGGCCCAGCUGCCCCCUGGCCUUUUCGAUGGACUCCCGGCUCUGCGCUCCCUAUCACUUCGCUCCAACCGUCUGCAGAACCUGGACCGGCUGACAUUUGAACCCCUCGCAAGCCUGCAGCUGCUGCAGGUUGGGGACAAUCCCUGGGAAUGCGACUGUAACCUACGUGAUUUCAAGCACUGGAUGGAGUGGUUUUCCUACCGAGGGGGGCGCCUGGACCAGCUUGCCUGCACCCUACCUAAGGAACUGAGGGGGAAGGACAUGCGUGUGGUCCCCAUGGAGAUGUUCAACUACUGCUCCCAGCUGGAGGAUGAGAAUAGCUCAGCUGGGCUGGAUAUUCCUGGGCCACCCUGUACCAAGGCAAGCCCUGAACCUGCUAAACCCAAGCCAGGGGCUGAGCCCGAGCCCGAGCCCAGCACUGCUUGCCCCCAGAAGCAGAGGUAUCGGCCGGUGAGCGUGAGGCGGGCCAUCGGCACGGUGAUCAUCGCGGGGGUUGUCUGUGGCAUUGUCUGCAUCAUGAUGGUGGUGGCUGCUGCCUAUGGCUGCAUCUAUGCCUCCCUUAUGGCCAAGUACCACCGGGAGCUCAAGAAGAGGCAGCCCCUAAUGGGGGACCCGGAGGGUGAGCAUGAAGACCAGAAGCAGAUCUCUUCUGUGGCAUGAGAGCCCAGCCCCACUUGGCCUAGGUAGGAUGGGCUGGGAGAGCACGCUGGGGAUUGCUUCAGUAAGGGCUUGCCCUUCCCUCCACCAUAGCCCCCCCCUCCCCUCUCCUCCCCAUCCCUCCAGCAAACAAGCCACAGUGCGGCUGUCUCCAUGAACUUCCAAGUCUCUGCGGAAGCCACACUUGUGCUAAAGGCUCCUGCUCAUGCUCCUUUCUGAGCCACCAAGUCUCUGGAACACCUGGGGGAUCUCCCUAAGCUUCUGGCCAUAGGGAAGAAAGGAUAUGUGUGCAAGUGGAGGCUUCUGGACUCAGUGUUCCCCUGUUGCCCUUCCUGCCCUGGCUGUAGACUGGGUGACUCUCCCUACCUCCUGCUCAUAGCACCUCAUCUGCAUUAGGGGUGGGGAGGAAGUGAUAGGGGGGCCAAGGGUCAACUUCUGUGACCCUCUUCUAAGCCAGGAAUAUAUUUUCAGCUGCCCUUAGUGUCGGAGUUGGGUCCAGCUUUCAACUGCUAGUACUAAUGUACAAUCACACCAGCCAUGGCAUCUGGACCCAGCUCUAAGAAACAUGAUUAUAACACACCCCUCUGCUGAAGCCAUUAGGUCUCUCUAUCUGCUAUAGGCCACACCGACUGCAUUGCUCCUGGAUUCACUUAUCCACUCUCACACACACUCAGCAUCACCAGCACAAUUAUAUCUAUUGGAAAUCUCUCUCUUUCUUGGUCUCUGUCUUGUCUGUCUGUCUCUUUCUCCCUCUUUCUCUCUCUCUCUCACACACAUACACACACAGAAUCACAUGGACACAGGUCAUGAGAACUUGGGCAGUAGAGACAUGUUUCCCCUUGGAUCUCUAGCCCUCAGGCCACAGAACCUUUUGCUUGCUCACCGCAAUCUUCUCAAGUCAACAGGGGGAGAAGCACACACUGACAACACAAGGCUUCCUUUGAGAUCCUCUGAAGUGGGCCAAAGUGGUGCUGCUGGAUGAGACUGCCUGUCACCAUGGUAACCCUCUCACACCUCUCCUGCUGGGUUUUCCAGGGACACCGGCCCAGAGGCCUUGAAGCUACAGCAUGUGUGGAUGGCAGCCUCCCGGGAGCCCAGGCACAUACACCACUGGGCAUUUCUUCAGCGCUAAGGACAUCAUCACUGCCAGGCCCCAUGGGGAUACCCACCAGUUCCACUCCUAUAGCCUGCAGCCCAAGAACCAUUGCUCUGUACCCCUCACCCCUCCAUCUUAAGCAGCUCUAGGCCUGGGACCUUGGGGCGGGGACUGAGUCAUGAUUGGUGGCAUCUUGGGAAAGCAGGUGGCCCUCACCAAAGCUCACUGCCUGCCAGCAUAUUCCAAGCAGGCCCCAGGGGCAGAGAGAGGGCUGCCACAUUCUGCUCAGAAGCAUCAGUUGUGGGGUCCCUUUCCCAGGGUUUUACGUGCUCAGUCUGGCUUUCUGGAGGUUUUAAUUGCACCUGGACUGGGCUCCAAACCAGAGCAUGGGCCAGGGGGCCUGUUUGUUACUAGCAGCCUACACAAAAGGGGCGGCAGGUGAGAAGAUGGCUGUAUGGGGUUUGGGGGUCACUAGUCCCCUCUUGUAGGUCUGUGCCCUCCUGCAAGUCUGAUCUCAGAUGAGUACUAGGUCUCCCUCUGCUGGACACAAGUUUUCCAAGGCUUUUGGAGGGUCGGGAGGCAUCAGGCUGGUUUCUGGCUCCAAGACAGGAGUCUUGGUGGUGGCCUGGGAAGAGGCCACUGGAACACUGAGGUCAAGGGUCUGAAGAGGAACAGGGAAGGACAGGGCAUGUCCACCUUGCCUUGCACCCCUCGAUCCUUCCACCUCAUAGAGGACCAUGGUAGGUGAAGGAUGUUGUGGGGGAAGGCAGGGAAUGCCGCUUAGCAGGCUGCUAAACAUGUCUCCUGAGGCUGGGGGCACAGUCUUCCUUCUUCCCAGCUAAUACCAGAUCUAGGCAUUUUCUAAGGGAAAGAGAGGGGAGGGGUGGGUGUUGUCAAUUGUGGUACCUUCAGCCAGAGACAGAAGAUUUUUAAAGGCAAAAUUAUAUUUCUGGUUUGUUGUUUCAGAAGAACAAUAAAGACUGUAUUUUCCUACGUA